AGCUGAAUAUCAAAGUCAAUUUGAAUAUGCAAGAAAUUCUGACCAUGCUGGUUUAUGGGAAAGAAUUGCAAAUAAUUUAAACACAGAUAAUACUAUUCAAAUAACUGCGAGACAGUGUCAAAAUAAAUGGUAUUCCUUAGUAAGAGGAUACCAUAAUUCAAAAAGAAUUUUAAAAGGAGAAGCCAGAAGAACAACAAAUUUAGUUUCUCCUAAUAGAUAUGAUGUACAAUUUUAUGAGUUGAUGAGAAGUGAAUUCUGGCUUCCUAGAGAUGCUACACGGAGAGCUUAUUUAAGACGAAGAAUUGAGAGGCGUCAAUUAGCAUAUCAAGAAAACAUGCAAAGGAUUGAGGGCGAUAUGGGGUUUGGGCUUGAAUCCGAUAAGGAGGAUGAUGAGGAAGACGAUGAAAGUGCCAAUUCCCGAGAACAAUCCGUAGUGGAAGAAACUAUGGAGGUUUCGGGUAGUAGUAUCGCUGCUACACAGCAGAUGCAACUUGA